UACAGCUGUUGCAGUCCAGUGAAGUUCUUUCUUGCUAUUUUGUAAGUGGUGUAAAGUGGACAAAAGUGCACUCAAUAACAUGGCUGAUGUCAGCCAUAACAGCUCCUUUAAUCAAAGCUCAGAAUAUGGAAAUGUCUACUGGCCACAGACAGUGUUCAGCGUCUUGACGUUCACACUGCUGGCAAUGCUUGUGGUGGCUACAUUUUUCUGGAACAUGCUCGUCCUUGUCACAAUUCUCAGAGUCAGAACAUUCCACCGUGUGCCCCACAACCUGGUGGCAUCCAUGGCCAUAUCUGAUGUUAUGGUGGCUGCUUUGGUGAUGCCUCUCAGUCUGGUCCAUGAGCUCAACGGUCGGAGUUGGAAGUUGGGCCGAGCUCUCUGCCAAGUCUGGAUAUCUUUCGAUGUCCUGUGCUGUACGGCCAGCAUUUGGAAUGUGACCGCAAUAGCCCUUGACCGUUACUGGUCCAUAACGCGCCACCUGGAGUACACGCUGAAGACCCGAAAGAAGAUCUCUAAUGGGAUGAUUGGCUUGACCUGGCUGCUCUCGUCUGUUAUUUCCCUUUCCCCUCUGUUUGGCUGGGGUGAGACCUAUUCAGAGAUGGACAUGGAGUGCCAGGUGAGCCAGGAGCCGUCUUACACCAUCUUUUCCACAUUCGGGGCCUUCUAUCUGCCUCUCUGUGUUGUGCUGUUUGUCUACUGGAAGAUAUACAAAGCUGCUAAGUUCCGUAUUGGAUCCAAGAGGACCAACACCAUCACUCCAGUUGCAGAGGCUGGAGAGGUAAAAGAGGCCUCCAGGCAACUGCCUCAGAUGGUGUUCACGGUCCGCCAUGCCACUGUGAUAUUUCAGACUGACAGUGAGACGUGGCGAGAACAGAAGGAGAAGCGAGCGGCUCUGAUGGUGGGCAUCCUCAUCGGAGUGUUCGUCCUGUGCUGGAUCCCUUUCUUCCUCACCGAGCUCAUCACUCCGCUGUGCUCCUGUCACAUUCCACCGAUAUGGAAGAGUGUCUUCCUCUGGCUGGGCUACUCCAACUCCUUCUUCAACCCGCUCAUUUACACAGCCUUCAACAAGAACUAUAAUAACGCUUUCAGGAAUCUCUUCUCCCGCCAGCGCUGAGAGAUAGCAGAAGUCUUGGCCUCGCCACAAAUGCCAGUUUAAACCAC